CCACUUGCACUCGUGUUCCCAGCUCCAGCUCCAGCAGCAGCGGCGGGGAAUGCUGGCGUGUGUUCACUAGCCGGGGCCACAGCGCGUUGUGUUCACACACAGGGGGCGGCAGUGGCAGCGAUGCGGCCGGGACAACAGCGGCUGGCGGACCCGCUCUGCCAACGCUCCCCGCCGGGCUACUGCCCGAUCCUCUCCCUCUCCCUCAUCCUCCUCUCCCUCCUCACCCUCUCCGCCGCUCACCAGCCCGACCACCCCGGCCACCCGCACCGCCGCGACCAGGCUCACAGUCAGGGUCAGGCCACCAGUCAGCUGGAGCAGCAGCUGAGAUCUGCGGCCAACAUCAUCGAGCUGAUGGACAUCUUCUACCCUGAGUAUCGCCGCAUCCAGGAGUGUCUGCAGAGGAGAUCCACCAUGGCCAAGCACGCCCGCAGGGAGGCGGAGGAGGAGCAGGAGGAGGAGGAGGAGUGGACAGAGGCAGCUGCCUUCACCGUUCUGUGGAGAGAGGAGGACCUAAGAAAUAUUGAACUUGAAUGGGAAAGGACUCAGUGUAAGCCUAGAGAAGUGUGCUUGGAUUUGGGGAGAGAGCUUGGGACUGCAACAAACAAGUUCUACAAACCUCCGUGUGUGUCUGUCCACAGAUGUGGAGGCUGCUGCAACAAUGAAGGAUUCCAGUGCAUCAACGUCAGCACAGCCUUCGUGAGUAAAACUCUGAUGGAGAUCACUAUUCCACAGGUUGGCCUGUCCAGGCCCGUGGUCAUUAGCUUCAUCAACCACACAGCAUGCGGCUGCCACCCCAGGCACAUCUUCAGCCAAUCGCACUCCAUCAUCAGGAGGUCCUUCCACGUCUCCCCAACCAGUUGCGUUAUGGGGAACGAGACGUGUCCGCACGGGCACCGCUGGGACCCCCAUCACUGCAGAUGUGUCAGUGUGCAUGAGGUCUCUACUCCCCCCACCAGCACGGCAGAACCAGAUGUGACUGAGGGUGAGUUCGAUGACUUCUGUGGCCCCUACAUGGUGUUUGAUGAAGACUCCUGCAACUGUGUGUGUACCAACUGGCCCUCCAGCUGUCACCACAGCAAGGAGUUUGACGAGAACACGUGUAGAUGCGUCUGCGUCAACAGGCAACACCGCGGCUUGUGUCGGGAGGAGGAGCAGGAGGAGUGGGACGAUGAUGCGUGCCAGUGUGUGUGCAGGAAGAGCUGCCCCAGGCACCUGCCUCUCAACACCAACACCUGUACCUGUGAAUGCUCAGAGUCGCCAGAGUCGUGCUUCCGAAGAGGCAAGAAGUUUGACCCAUACACCUGCAGGUGCUACAGGUUACCUUGUCGCAGCCAGGUGAGGCAGUGCCAGCCAGGUCUUUACUUCAGCCACUUUGUCUGCAGCUGCCUGCCCCUGUACAUGAAGGAAUACCAGACUGAAGACUGACACACACUCUGCUUUCUGCCUUGCUUUGUCCGUGAAGGCAUUCACCUUCUCCAGCCUGCAGCACUUACAAAGUACUUUUCAUUUUGGAUUCUACACAAUCUAGUGGGUAUGUGGAGCACUCAGGCGUGCCAAUGAGACCGCGUGAAGAGAUGGGCGCCGGUCCUCAUUGUCUGAACAGGUUUGGCUCAUUCUUGGAACGCACAGAAUGAGUGGGUGUGAUUACCAGCGUCAUAAUCACGGCAGGAUACAUAUUAUAGUUUGUACUAAAUCAUUAACUUCACUGCACAAUCAGAAUGAAUCAUGGACGUUUGGUGAUGGCCGGGUCUUGGCAGGAACUGCAUUACUUUAUCCAAAGCAAUGCUUUUAUUGACACCAGGAGAUACUGCUGGAAAUGAAUCCAGACGUUUCAGAAUAGAUCAUUGUUUGUACAUCUUAAACUGAUUUUAUGCCACUAUGGAUGAGCAAAAUAGCUUAAGCAAUAUGACUUUGUCAGUUGAAAACCAAAAGAAAAAUUGCAGCCUUGUUUUUCACAAAAUAUUUUUAUAAUCUAAAAUAUAUAAAUUGCAAUGUAAGUUAACUGUUGUGGACGGGAGGAGUGAUGGGUUUUUCCACAAAGAGCUUGUGUGUACUUGUGGAUGCGGUGCUGGCUCGAAGGGCCGAAUGACCUACUCCUGCUCCUAUUGUCUAUUGAUGGAACAAGUAAAGGUGGAGGAGACUGAGGAACAAACGGGACAAUCAUGAGCUGGGCAAGUUAUCCCACUCAGCAUGAGAGGCAUCAACUAUAUUUGGCUCCAGCUAUCAAGUACUUCUAGAGUGGGACAGACACAGAGUGUUGGAGUAACUCAGCGGGACAGGCAGCAUCUCUGGAGAGAAGGAAUGGGUGACGUUUCGGGUCGAGACCCUUCUUCAGACUUCUAGAGUGGGAAUGGGAGAUGCACUUAAAUGGUCAAUGUACAGAAUCUAUAAAAUGCUACAAUCCCUCGAGCGAUAGAACCAAGCCCGCUGGUGUAGCUCAGUUUACUCGUUCAACAGAUGACACUUAACCAAACAAUGGCCUGAGCCCUUAAUGCAUUUGCUUACAGCCAUGUACCAUAUCUAUACACAACUAAACCUCUGAUCUUGUUA